CUAUCUCUUUCUGUCUCUUCAAAUCUCUCGUCUCUAUCUUUGCUUUUGUUUUGCCGAAAUCUGAAAAAUGGGAAUUAUUGGGCAAGUUUUAUUUGCGGUUUUGAUGGUGUUUUGUAUUACUGCAGUGCCAAAUUCGGCAAAGGAGUAUAUCGUUGGUGACGCUGGAGGUUGGACAAUAAAUGUUAAUUACGAUUCAUGGGUUAGUGGGAAGAGGUUUACUGUUGGCGACAGCCUAGUGUUUAACUAUGGAGCAAUGCACACUGUUGAUGAAGUGACUGAAACCGAAUAUGCCAGCUGCGCCACAGGCAACUCCAUUACCUCCGACAGCGGUGGAGCCUCCACAAUAAGUCUCACGACAACAGGAACGCAUUACUUCAUUUGUGGUGCAAUGGGUCACUGUGAUAGUGGUAUGAAACUAGCAGUCAUCGUGGCUGAAACCUCUGAUGAUGCGUCAUCAUUGCCAUCAUUGACACCAGCACCAACACCUUUGUUAGGAGCCACCACCACCCCAGCAACUACCCCUGAACUCCCUGUCCCAUCCUCCAACGACACGGAUAUCACCCCCAACCCGACCCCCUUCGAGUCCAUCUCGUCUUCAAGUAACAUGCCAUCCACCACCACUACUACUCCCUCGGCAUUUGAACCUGUUUCUCCCAAAAGCGCCCCCUUAACCACCAUUAUCAAUGAUCCCAACGCCGUUGAACCUACACCACCAUUUUCUGAGAGCACCUCUAAUGUUGACGGUGAAUCAUCCUCGUCAGCCAACAUCGUUUCAUCUCCAACCGCGGGGGCACUUUUCAUUGGAUUAUUGACAUUAUUUAGGAUGACUUUUCUGCAGACUUGAGAAUAACUAUCAAGCUAGAUGCUGACAUCCAGUGGGAGGAUGAAGGCAGCCCUGGCUAGUACUCUUCCUCUAUUACUUUUUAUUAUCCAGCGAUAAUUGUGAUUGUAAUAUUUUAGUCUUGCAUGAUGCUACGUGGGUUCUUGCUUCGCUUGUUUUUUGUUUCUUUGAAUUAAGGUUUUUCUGAAUUUAGGCAAUCUAAAAUUUAAAAACUCCAGUUUAUAUUAUUUACAUGUUUUGAUGAACAUUGGGUCGGAUUUGAUCCGGUCAUUGCCUUAUGUUUUAAUACAUAUUGAUUUUGGUUUCAAAACCCUUUCCUUUGCGGGAGAAGAAGGUCCUCUAUAAUCGUUUCUAGGUCCGAAAGGAUAGCAUUGACGGGAGAGAACUGAGGGAGAUACUACAAGUUGAAUGAAUUUAUUGUAAUCUUGAAAAUUUUCUAUAAGGUUAUGAUUUCCUAAAUCAGUUUUACAAUGUAUUUGAUGAGGUUAGCCUCUUUUCCGAAUAAAAUAAAAAUAAAAAUAAGGUU